UGGAUCCGGACUCUCUCCGGGGACCUGUCCCUCUGCCGCCCGGACCCACCUUCGCUGCCGCCCCUUUCCACCCACCCACCGACCCCCUUUCCAAGCUCCCCUCCCCUCCCUUCCUGCCCUGAUUCCUCCGCCCCUAACCAACUCCUUUUGAUCUUUUGGGGGUUGGUUGGCGACAUCUCCUUUCAUCUUUCCGCUGGGACGCCCCCCUACCCCCCCCGCUUGGACAGGAUUUCCCCACCUAUGCUUUGUGCAUCCUCCUGGACCUAACGGCCCCCAUAUCCUGUUGCCAGGCAGCCCCUGAAUUUACCUCCCCCAUUUUAUUUCAAUUUCAUUCCCCCCCCCCAUUUUAUUUCAUUUUACUUCCCGUAAGACUUUAGCUGUGGGUUGCACUCCCCGUUCCCUGUGGGGUCUCUGACCCCCUACUGUUAGUUUAGGUUAGUUUAGGUUGCUCCCCCCCCCCCCGGUUCCCCAAAGUUUGCCUGCCAAGCCACCCACCCAGCCCAAAUAAAGGCCGGCUCUUUUUCUGCGGCUGGUCCGUUCCUUGCUCCAAGUGGUCCGAUGACGUCCGGUGCGGGAGCCGAGACAACGGAUGGCGAGGGGACGGAAGGGGAGCGCGAGCCCCUGAACCCCGAAUCUUCUGAGACUCUGGGCGUCUCUGCCACCUACCGGGAGUUCGUCCGGCGAAGUUACCUGGAACUGAUGAGUGCCAACCAGCAUUCCCUCCAUGCCCUCAACUGGCGGCGACUGUACCUCAGCCGGGCAAAGCUCAAAGCCUCCAGCCGGACCUCAGCCCUGCUUUCCGGGUUUGCAAUGGUGGCCAUGGUGGAAGUUCAGCUGGAGGAUUACAACUACCCCCAGGGGCUGCUCAUUGCCUUCAGUGCCUGCACCACCAUCCUGGUGGCCGUCCACCUCUUUGCCCUCAUGGUGAGCACCUGUAUCCUGCCCCACAUCGAGGCCGUCAGCAACAUCCACAAUCUCAACUCGGUCAACGAGUCGCCCCAUGAGCGCAUGCACCACUACAUCGAGCUCGCUUGGGGCUUCUCCACGGCCUUGGGCAUCUUCCUCUUCCUCACCGAGGUGGUCUUGAUCUGCUGGGUCAAAUUUAUGCCCAUCCGCGGCACCUCUUCUGCCGAGAAGUGCUGCGCCCCUGCGCCGGUCCUCGCCGGGAAUGCCACCGUGGCCCCGGUGGACGGCUCCGGCAGGAACGCGGCCAUGGCCUGCACCGUCAUCAUGGUCCCGGUGGGCGUGGUCUUCGUGAUCUUCGCCUUGCACUUCUACCGCUCCCUGGUAGGACACAAAACGGACCGGCACCAGCAAGAGCUGGAGGAACUCCACCAGAUCAAACAUCAGUUGGAUGGAGAAGCCACAGCACUGCAGGUGGUGUGAGGUUUGGAGGCCUCGCUCGGAUCGUAAGCGGGCUCAAGGCACCGGAGGCUUGUUGUUUCUGCAGAGAAAGAAGGCAGGCCUUCUUGAUCGUGUCCUGACUUUGACUCGGCGGGGCAGCCGCGGAGGAAACCGGUACAGUCGGAACUUAACCAAAAAGCUUCUCUGACCUUUUUGCAGGUUUGCUUUGCCUUCUCUCCUUUCCCUCUUGGCAUCUUACAAAAUCCACUCACGUUCCUCCAGAAGCAAACGGGAGGAAGGGUAUUGAAACGUAGAGCCGUUCGCUGAAAUGGAAUAGUUCCUGAAAACCGGCGGCAGGAACUUGGAGCGGCAGGAACUUGGAGCGUCAUCCGUCCUGUUCCUCCGAUGGAGUUCUAACAAUGCAACAAAUGUUUUGCUUGGAGAGAUGGCGUUUGUCCCCAGCAGGACAAAAGCUUUGUUUUAUUUGUUUCCUCUUUGCAUUUCCACACAAUCUGGAGUCUUCGGGUAUUUUACUCACGGGCACUGGGAUUUAAAGAUGGAGGUCGAAGAUAAAUGGGUUUGGAAACAUCAAACCAGUCGAAUUGACUGCCCUUUGCUCCCUCCUCACCCGCAAACUUCAUCAGAUGGGAUUGUGGAGGGUAUUGGAGCCUAGCUGAACAAGCUUCUUCUUGGAGCUGAGGCUCAGAUCUCAGAGGUGCCUUUGCAAAGCCAGUCACUGUGAUUGGCAGGCAGUAUGAAGCUUCUGGAUUGGCCAGGCCUGCUAUAAAUACCAGUCCAGCCUUGGCCUGGUCAACAGAGUAGCGCCUUCUGUCUUCGAAGCUCUGGUUUUAGAUCCCAAACUGUAAUGGGACCAUCGCUCAUGGGUUUGCCCCAUUCACGUGAAAAAGUGGAGGGGUUUUACUUUAACGUUAAGAAGGAACACACAGGAGAGGGAUGUUUGACCUUUCUCAGGGCUGCAUUUCCUGCAGCCGGUUGCCCUGGUUACCAAAAAUAAGCCAGGAAUGGAGGAAAGUGACAGGGGUGGGAUUAUUGCCCCUUUCCUAUACAAUCUUUUUAGUGUUAAGAUCCCCACCGCUCCACUUUGUACGUGAACAGGAGUGGACCCAUGAAGCAAGUAUCUGCUGCUGUCACAUUUAGUUUUGUCUUCACAAAGCCUCACGCUCCGGGGGGCUAGCAUUGGCCCAGCGGGGAAUCUUUUAAGUUAUCAACUAGCAGACUAAAGUUUCUGCUUUUCGCUCCCUGGAGACCUCUAAAGCAGGCGUGAUGGAAAGUAUGGGAAGGAGAAAAUGGGAGAGGAUGAGAAAUCAGGGCUGUGUGGCUUGCGAUGGGGAGAGGGGUUGCCAGGAGGCCAUUUUGAUAAAAGUGGGGAGCGGCUUUUCUGGCUGCCUCUUAACAGCCCUCUACAAUAUCGGAUUGCCAGCUUCAGAGUCUCCGGAGUCAAGGGGCUUGCUGGACUUGUUCUAGAAAACAUGAGAGGAAGGACAGAGAGCACUUUGCCGUUGCUUAGCAACAGCAGGGCACAUUCCUCAGUGUGGUGCUGUGGUUGCUAGGCAAAGUCAGCGUCUCCUCUUUCUCCCCCCAGCCGGCAAUGCCAUUGGGGGCAACGGAGGCCAACAGCAGCAACCCAACUUAUGGCCCCAAACGAAGAAUAUUAAUGCGGGAGGGAUGGAGCUCACAAACCCUGCGGCAGUUGGAUUCUUAAGAGGCAGCCCUGGUUUCCAGUUAUCUAGUGAAGGAAUGUUUGGCGGAUGACUCACGCGCCCGGCCUUAUCAAAAGACCGAUGCUUUUUCUCUAUAGAAGGACAGUUCAUUCUUAGCUGUCAGGCUUGAAGGGAAAUGGUAUAUUUUUGUUGGAUGAGGAGCAGAACAAGGGCCGGUGAAUGUCUGCAGCUGUGGGUGCUCUUUUCCGCUGCUUUUUUGUAUCUGGCGUUAAUCAGAAACAAGCAUCCAGACCGGUGGGGUGGGGUAGGGGGCGCAGCACAUCCUGAGAGCCACUUCUUAACGGGGCCAAGAAUCACAAAGGUGCAGAAUACCGUGGUAUGAGUUUCUGGUCAAGGACCCUCUACUCCCAUGUGCCCCCUCCCUCCAACGCUCGCAAACUAGCCUGCCGUCUUCAGGGAUUGGCUAUUAUAAUUUGGGACCCUGAACAUCACGUUGCUUUAUUGUGAGUGACAGGCAGCGUAUUAGAGGGGGAGUGCUUUGAGGCCCAGGAGUUCGGGGGUUGUGCAGCCUGUACUACACUUUGUAUGCACAUUACUGCCCUUACCCUACUGUGGGGGCCCUGUUCAUAGAGACUUAUGGGGGGACGGGGACACCAUUUCGGGGGCGGUUGACAGGUUUGGCCUUCCCCUGCAAAGGGUUUCCCAAGCUUAUCACUCGGCUUUUCUCCAUAGGAGUGAAUGAGUAAUGGGGACGCUGUUGUGGUGCAGGUGAACCCUGUCCUUGGUGAUUUCAAUGUCUGGAGCUGGGGCACACACACACACACACACACACACACACACACACACACACACACACACACACACACCCAUGGCCAGGAUCACUGGCAAUUGAAUCCGGCCCACAUCUGCCACGCCAUCCCCAGGUCGAUGCCUUCCCCAAAUGUUUUGUACUGCAACUCCCAAGCACUGUUGACCCAUAGGCUAUGUUGGGCUGGGGCUGAUGGGCACUGAAGUCCAAAACAUCUGGAUUUGGGGAAGGCUGGGGCACUCAGUUCUGCUUCCUUUGGGUUAAGCUUGGCCGUGACAGAGUGAGACAUUACAUGACAUGCCGUUUCUAAUCAGGUAAAGCAACUGUAAGCGGUUUCCGGUUUUGCUGAGGGCUGCGGUGGGUGGAGGCCGUGGGGAGGAAGAAGAGGAGCUGUUGAACCCUUGAGCACGAAUGGCUGGGGUGUGUGUGGAUGUUUCCUUCCUCCCAUCUGCUUUUCUCCCCCAAGAGAUUAAAGAGGUGCAGGGGACCUGUGUCUUAUCUCGCUGGGAGAAAAGUAGCUGAGGACUGGAGAGGCAGAAUGGAAGAAAUUUUGAAUUACCAUGGGGGGGGGGGAUAAAAAGCCCUCCUCACUCCCAAUACGCUCUCUGCCUGCUUGCAGCCGUUUGGCUUGAUAAAAAAACGUCUUUGGGAUUCAGUAUGGGCGGGGAAAAGAAUCACGAAAUUACACGUACGAUGAGAUCAAUUCAUAUCCCACGAGAGCCGCUAAUGUCUCGUCAAGCAGUGCUGAUGUGCAGCAGCUCAGCGGAGGAGAAAAAGAUGCAUAAAAUCGAUGCCGAUCGGGGACGCUGCUGAGGAUUUCUUGAAGCGCAGCAGACGCCUAAAAUUCAAUACAGUCUGCUAUCAAGCAGCACUGACAUUUCCCUAUUAGACAAAAACUGGAUUGUAUCCACUCGCUCUUAGCCACCACAGCUCUACAGCUUGUAUGCCUCAGGACGGACGUGGUCUUGGCGUUUAAAAAUGUUUUCUCUCGGUUUAGUUUACAUUGUUAACCAACGUGGGGCUUGGGAUUUCACACAACACACGGAUGGUAUGUGCUUAUGGCUUGGUACACACUUGAUCAUGUAUUUCUGGGGAACUCUCUACUGCUAAAGUAGGAGAUCCCAAUUUCUGGCACUUUUUAUUCUGUAUGUUUUUAAAAUAAAAGUUGGUGGGUUUUUUAAAAAAAGAAAAAGAUGUCAAAGUGAAAUGACUGAAAAGCAUAGAGAGAGUGAAAGCUGAUGGUUGUUUGUUUGUCAUUUUCAUUCCUGAGUUAUUAGAAUGCUCUUCAAGGCUGCA